UUGUAGUCGAACCGUGGUGUGGAGAAGGCCUCGCUGCUGGUCUCUCUGUAGUGAGUGCGCGCUGUGACUGUGUCUUGUGUGUGAGAGUGAGGAUAGUGUUAUCAUGAGGAAGAGCAAGAAGCAGCCUCCUUGAUCAGCAUGAAGCCGAUCACUCUGGAGAACCUCCGCCGACUGAUGGGCGGGGGGCGCAAGAAGAAAGAUCGCAACGAGUCCUCGUUCAAACGCAGCGAAUCCUUCAAGAGGAUCUCCAUCAGAAAGAACUACUUGGAGCGCGGUGGAAGAGGCCGGAAUCCCCUCAAGGCAGCCCCUCCCCCUCCCGUCAAGGAGGCGGUGGUUGAAGUUGAGGUGGAAUCCGAACCGCCGCAAGUCAUCGGCUACGGUCAGUGGAUUGAGUGUUUACAUGCUGAGGAUUACGGCAAGAUUGCUACCACUGCUUCAUCAUCCUCGAAAUCUACUUCUACAUCUCCACCGCCUCCCCCCGUACCACCCCCUCGUCGACGACAUGAGUCGAACUCCCUGGAGAUACUCCGAUUGGAGAAGUCUCCCGAAGUGCGGCGGAGGUUUCGGUCGUCGAAGGACGAGCGGUCGGACUCUGCGUUGAGUGUGUCGCUGGGGCGCAUCUGGAUGGACGCCCCCCUCGCCAUGGCCAACGCGCCGCGGAGCCUCGAACUGCCACGGCCUUCGUCGUCGUCGGUGGAGGCUGACCCCGGGGGAGCCCCGCGUCGCGCCCACCAUUCGCUCGAUAGUGCGUUGAAGGAGAAACGCGACGACCCCAAGCCGCUGUCGGCGCGGUCGCGUGCUCCGGCCGCCGUCUGCCGCACACUGUCGUCGACCACGCAGACCGACUCCACCGGCAAGACGCUGUCCUCGCGGGGCUCCAUUGAACCCCUUAGCUCCAGCAAAGACUCGGGCUUCUCGUUCUCAGUGUCACCGCCCCCGACCGGCGGCAAAUCCGGUGGAUUUUUCCGCAAGAAAAAGAAAAACGUGAACAAACCGAAGUUGAGUGUGUCUAGGGAGGGUUACUUCAAACGGACUAGUGUGAGUGUGGCCGCAAGUAGUAGUGAGAGUGUGAAGGGGGGAACGGCCCGUAGUGAUUUGUACCAGGUGGUAGUUGGGCGACCCCCCCGUUCCCUGCGCUCCCUCAAACUGGACCCCCUCAUCUUUGUGCCCCCCGAGAAACGCAGUGUGCGACGCUCGGCGUCUCGACGUUACGAAGUGCAUGAAAUACGCGACUACUGUACGCCGCGUGAUCUCCGUCUCACAGUCGAUGAUGACGAGGAUGAAGGCUUGUAUGAGUGCAUAUCAGGGCCCGACAACUGCUUCACCGAUGAGGAGGAGGUGUUGGGUGGGGGUGAGGUGGAGGAUGACGAGGAACCUCUGGAGGAGGUCGUUGAGGAGGAGGAUGAGGAGGAGGAGGAGUACCGGGUGAGGAAGCCGGUGCGUCGACGCAAGUCGAGGAAGACUGUCAAGUAUGUGGCCAAAAUACAUCGGGCGCCAUCGACGCUCAAGAGGAAUCACCGCAAAAAAUGUGACAUCACACAGAAAGGAUAUGAGAAGAAGCGAGCACGUCUGCUGGCUCCCUACGCCCCCAAGCAACCCCAAGGAGGCAGCGGAGGCGGUGGCUCAGCUGGGGGGCGGCACCACCAUCAGCUGCCCCCGGGAAGCGGCGGUCAUAGCGGGGGCGGCAGCAGUAGUCCGGCCACAAGGGCUAGGCGGCGCGGAAAUCGCCGCCUCACUAGAACUGAGACCCGCUAUCAUUCCGAGGUGAGACAGGAGGCCGUUCAACAGGCGCUGGCAGCCAUGCAGAAUCGCCCGAAGCCCUCCCUGCCAAUGCCUUCCAAGCGCACCUCAGUCAUGGCUCGCAGUCCUGAUCGCGAACGCCACGAUUCUGCCUCUAGUUCGGAUGACGACAGCAUCGGUGGGAGUGGUGGAGGUGGUCAGAGCGGGGGUGGUGGAGGGGGCAACGACCAGCAGAGCAGUACGCCGGAGAGAGAGCGAGUGAGGGAGAGGGUGGCAGCCCCCCUGCCACCCCAGUCGGACACCAGUAGUACGGGGUCGGCCCGAGAAACACCCCCACAAAUACACCGACAUACCAGAUACGAUGCGCACAGGGUACCGAACGGUGGUCCCGGUGGUACAGUGUGGGAGGAGAGAGUAAGCGAUAAUCGGGAAGAGAGAAACAAACGCAACAAACAAGAGAUCACAGACUUGGCCGAUGUCAUGCACAAUCUUAGACCAUAUUCUCAACCCCCUGACGUGACCCACAAUACCGCACAGUCAAGAAGAAUGACGCCAGCCGACCGAGUCAACCGAUACAACCAGAGUCGACAGUCGUCUGAAGAUGGCAUGGGCACAGUAAGCGGCACAGGCCGCUGGAAGGUAUCGGCCAAGAUCCAGCAGCUGCUGAACACGCUGAAGCGCCCGAAGCGCCGGCCGCUGCCCGAGUUCUACGAGGACGACGAUAUCGAGCUGGAGAUCGCCGCCAACCCCAAGGACCCGAACGCCCCCAAGCCCGAGGGCGGCACCAUGACGCCGGCCCUCGGCGAGCAGCUGCAGGUGGCCAGUGGCUUGCCGCGCAACUUGGAGGCGGCCAUCCACCGCUAUGGAUCGGCCACCUACAAGGCGCCCGUUGCCACUGUGCUCGACCCUAACGGCAAGCUCAGCAUCACGCUCACUUAUGGCAAACUGUACAGCCGUUCGCAGAAGAUCGCCUACACCCUGCUGAACAAGACGUUCUCGAAGACGGGCGACUCGUGCCUGAAGUCUGGUGACCGCAUAGCGCUGGUCUACCCCAACAACGACCCCAUCAACUUCCUGUGUGCGUUCUACGGGUGCAUGUUGGCCGGCAUCGUCCCGGUGCCCAUUGAGGUGCCGCUCACGCGUCGCGACGCCGGAUCGCAGCAGAUCGGAUUCCUGUUGGGCAGUUGCGGGGUACAGGUCGCACUCACGUCCGACGCGUGUCUGAAAGGCUUGCCGAAGACGGCUGCCGGCGAGGUCGUUGCUUUCAAGGGCUGGCCGCGACUGCAGUGGUUCGUGACGGAGCACCUGGGCAAGACGCCGAAAGACUGGUCGCCGACGCCACGGCUCACGGACGACACGCCGGCCUACAUCGAGUACACGACCGACCGUGACGGCUCCGUGAUGGGCGUGACGGUGACACGCGCCGCCAUGUUGUCACACUGUCGCAUGCUCACGCAGGCCUGCAACUACACCGAGGGCGAGAACAUGGUGUGUGUGCUCGACUUCAAGCGUGAGACGGGUCUCUGGCACAGUGUACUCACGUCGGUACUCAACGGCAUGCAUGUCGUCUAUAUACCCUAUGCGCUGAUGAAGGUGAACCCGGCCUCGUGGAUGCAGAUGAUCACGAAGCACCGGGCGAGCGUGGCGGUGGUGAAGUCGCGCGAUCUGCACUGGGGCCUGCUGGCCACCAAGGAUCACAAGGACAUCUCUCUGUCGUCUCUGCGCCUGCUGCUGGUCGGCGACGGCGCCAACCCCUGGUCGCUGUCCAGCUGCGACCAGUUCCUCAGCGUCUUCCAGGCCAAGGGCCUUAGGCCCGACGCCGUCUGUCCCUGCGCUAGCUCCAGCGAGUGUCUCACUGUCUCUGUCAGAAGGCCGGGCAGAGGCGGCGUGAACGCGACGGGUCGCGGUGUGCUGUCGAUGUCUGGGUUGAGCUUCGGAGUGGUGCGAGUCGACCAGGAGAACUCGCUUACCUCGCUCACGCUGCAGGACUGCGGACAGGUGAUGCCCGGCUGUGUAAUCGUUGUCGUCAAGAUGGAGGGAGCGUCGUACGUGUGCAAGACGGACGAAGUGGGUGAGAUCUGUGUGAGUUCGGAAGCGACGGGCGCCCAAUACUGGGGCCUGCAGGGUCUCAGCAACACCACAUUCAAAGUGCAGCCACUGCUGGCUGAUGGCAAGCCGCUCAGUGACGCCCUCUACACACGCAGUGGCCUGCUGGGAUUCCUCGGACCUGGUGGUCUGGUGUUCGUGUGCGGGUCACGUGACGGCCUGAUGACGGUGACAGGUCGCAAGCACAACGCAGACGACAUCAUAGCGACGGUGCUGGCCGUCGAGCCGAUGAAGUUCAUCUACCGCGGUCGCAUCGCCGUCUUCAGCACACGCGUGCUCCGGGACGAACGCAUCUGCGUCAUAGCCGAGCAACGGCCUGAUUGCAGCGAGGAGGAGAGUUUCCAGUGGAUGUCGCGCGUACUACAGGCGGUGGACUCUAUCCACCAAGUGGGUCUCUACUGCCUGGCGCUGGUGCCACCAAACUACCUGCCCAAGACGCCGCUGGGCGGCAUCCACCUGUCAGAAUGCAAGCGCCGCUUUCUCGAGGGCACCCUGCACCCCGCCAACGUGCUCCUCUGCCCGCACACCUGCGUCACCAACCUUCCUAAGCCACGUGAGGUUCAUCCAGCUGGUGACUGUGUUACAGACAUAGGUCCGGCGUCGGUGAUGGUCGGCAACAUAGUGCAGGGCAAUCGACUGGCGUCGGCGCAGGGGCGUGAUAUCGGCAUCAUCGACGAGGAAUCUGACUCGGCUCGCAAGGGCGCGGUUCCGGUAACGAUCAGACCGCCACACCCGCAGAACCUGCAGACGACGCUGCCGACAGUGCGCAUGAUCGUGGACGUGAGUAAGUCGGUGCUGGUGCUGUCCAACCAGAACGUGAUCAAGCUGCUGCGGUCGAAGGAGGCCAGCAACGUGGUUGACAUCAAGUCGUGGCCGACCACGCUCGACACCGACGACAUGCCCAAGAAGAAGCUCACCGCCAUGUAUCGCGCGCCUACCGCUGAGAUGCUCGCCUAUCUCGAUUUCAGUGUGUCGACGACCGGCAUGCUGGCGGGCAUCAAGAUGUCGCACGCAGCUGUGACGUCACUGUGUCGCUCGAUGAAGCUGGCCUGCGAGCUGUACCCCUCGCGACACAUCGCCCUCUGUUUGGACCCCUACUGUGGCCUCGGCUUUGCGCUCUGGUGUCUCAGCAGCGUCUACUCCGGUCACCAUUCCAUCCUCAUUCCGCCCUCCGAAGUCGAGGUUAACCCCGCCCUCUGGCUAUCCGCUGUCAGCCAGUAUAGGGUGCGCGACACCUUCUGCUCAUACGGAGUGAUGGAGCUGUGCACAAAGGGCCUUGGCUCGUCGGUGAACCAGCUGAAGGCGCGCGGUGUGAGCCUGGCAUGCGUGCGCACAUGCGUGGUGGUGGCUGAAGAGAGACCGCGCAUCAACCUCUCCACCUCCUUCUCCAAACUGUUCUCGGCGCUCGGUCUCAGUCCGAGGGCCGUGUCCACCAGUUUCGGCUGUCGAGUCAACGUUGCCAUUUGCCUUCAGGGUGCAUCUAGUCCGGAGCCGUCGUGCGUGUACGUGGACCUACGUGCACUUCGCAACGACCGGGUGUCGCUGGUGGAGAGAGGGAGUCCACACUCGCUGUGUCUGCUCGAGUCGGGCAAGCUGUUGCCUGGAGUCAAGGUCAUCAUCGCCAACCCAGACACCAGGGGGCAGUGCGGCGACUCGCAUCUCGGCGAGAUCUGGGUGCAAGCGCCGCACAACGCGAGCGGCUACUUCUCGAUCUACGGCGAGGAAAGCGAGUACGGCGAGCACUUCAGCGCGCGGCUGGUGACGGGCAGCACGGGGGAGGUGUACGCGCGCACCGGCUACCUGGGUUUCCUGCGGCGGACGGAGGCCACCCAGCAGCUGCAGCAGUUGCCGCCCGGCGUCGUGGCGCCGACCGAGGUCACCGAUCUCAGCGAGAUCAACCAGCAGCCGCCCGGCUUUGGCGGGUCACAGGUGCUCGGCGAUUCCCCUGAAUUGCACGACGCUGUGUUUGUUGUGGGAGCCCUGGAUGAAACCGUUUUGCUGCGCGGCAUGAGAUAUCAUCCCAUUGACAUAGAGAACAGUGUCAUGCGCUGCCACAAGAAAAUAGCUGAAUGCGCGGUGUUCACAUGGACGAACCUGCUAGUGGUUGUGGUGGAACUGGACGGCCAGGAGAGCGAGGCUCUGGACGUGGUGCCUCUAGUGACGUCAGCAGUGCUGGAGGAACACCACCUCAUAGUGGGCGUGGCUGUGGUGGUGGACCCUGGUGUUGUGCCAAUCAACUCCCGCGGCGAAAAGCAACGCAUGCAUCUAAGAGAUGGUUUCCUUGCUGAUCAGUUGGAUCCCAUUUAUGUGGCCUACAAUAUGUGAACAAUUCGUCUAGACAUUGUUCUGUCGCUCUUCAUUACUUGGGUCUCGAUCUCAUCCAUGAUGCGUGCAACGUGUAAACAGCUAAUCUAUUGAUGCAUACCAUUGUUGUUUCGAUCUUAAAUAGCAAAUGAUGUGACAUUAGUAUGCUAGGAUUUGAUUUGAUCUACCAGGUUAUCGAAUUCAAAUUUGAGCAGAAGAACUGAUCAACUUAUUUACUCUAGGUCGCCUACAACGUAAAUGAACUAAAUUUGAGCAUAAGAGCUGAUUAACUUAUUCAAUCUAUGUUGCUUACAUCAUCAAUUUGCGAAUCAAAUUUGUUGCCUACAACAUGUGAGCUAAUUUUGAGCAGAUCUUCAUCAAGUUUUGGUCUUUGAGAGAAAAUAAUGUGAGAUUUUUAUGCUAGGAUUUGCUUUGAUCUACCAGGUUUUCUAAUUCGAAUUUGAACAGAAUAACUGAUCAACUUAUUUACUCUAGGUUGUCUACAACAUGUGAACUAAUUUUGAGCUGAUCUUAAUCAAGUUUUGGUCUUUGAGAGCAAAUUGUGUGAGAUUGUUAUGCUAGGAUUUGCUUUGAUCUACAAGGUUAUCAAAUUCAAAUUCGAGCAGAAGAACUGAUCAACUUAUUUACUCUAGGUUGCCUACAACAUAUGAACUAAAUUUGAGCAUAAGAGCUGAUUAACUUAUUUAAUCUAUGUUGCAUACAACAUCAACAUGUGAAUCAAAUUUGUGCAGAAGAGAUGAUCAACUUAUUUAAUAUGUAAUAUGUUGCUACAACAUGUGAUCUACUUAUGAAAACCGUUGAGGUUGCGGUCUCAUGAAAAGUCGAUAUUAACUUGAUUCCAUCAAUGUUGUCUACUAAGUGUGAAUAAAUCGAGGAGAUGCUGCGGUGACGUUCUAUUCUAUCUUUUCAUUAUUCUUUCGGUAUUUGCGGGCAAAUACUGUACUAUUAUUAUGCUAACGUUUGUUUUGUUUCACCAUCGUAUCAAGGGUAGAAUUGUAGGCUUCAUGGGGAUUAUCAUUUGUUAGGAUUUGAUUGGUCUACCAGGAUAAUUAGUUUGAGUAGAAGAGGCUUCAAGGGGAUGAGUUCUUGCCCUGUAGGCCUUCUGUUUGAUUCAUCUUGAAAAAUAAAAUAAGAAAUUUGAGACAAUACUCUAAGAGAAUUGUCAAAUUAGAGAAAUAUUUUAUGAGAAUGAUGGUGUCAAAAAGAAUUCGUAUUCAAGCAUUAGCUUCAUGGGGAUUGAGUGAUUUUUCAGUAGGGUUUGUGGCAAUAGAAUAUGAAAUUUUCUGAGAAGCAUAAUUUUCAUCUUUAGUCUAUUGACAUCAAUGUUGACGUACUUGGUACUUCAAAUAUUGAUAAAAAGUUUACAUCUCUUCCAGUUAUUUCAGCUAUUUUGAAGAGUUGCUUUGUUUUGCUAUUCAUUUAAAGAAAUUGUUGAUACUAUCUUUGUUGAACUAUUGGAAUUGUUCCAAGGUUUCAAACCAGUUCUAGGUUACAAGAUAAUAUUGUCAAGAUUCUUCUAUUCUUUAUUCAAAAUAAAUUAUUGUAAAGAUUCUUCUAGUAUUCAUGAAAAAGAAAGCAUUAUCAAACAAAAUUGAAUUGAAAUCAGUGAUUCAAAUUGAAUUUGGCUUCAAAUAAAUAUUGUACCGAAUAGAAUUCACGAUUUUUUGAAGCAAUGUGGUGGGUGUUCAAAAUAAUGAAUAGAACUUUUAUUUUGGUUGUCCAGUAAUGUUUUUCAAGAUGUAAUCUAUCAUAUAUAUAUAAUUUUAUAGAAAGUGUAACAUUUCAUUUGUGCAAUAGAUCUUGUACCUGUUCAAUUUCGGUUACAAUCAACUUCAAUAUCUUGAAAAUUCUUGUGAUAGUUGUGUAUCGUUUAUCAGAUUUAUAGUGCCGAUUUAAAUUAUUCUCAAAUUUAUAUAUUUUAUGUUGCUCACAAGUUAGGGUCAACACUCUUCCGACUAUUAAUUUAUUUAAAUAUUCAGCCUGUUUGAAGAACAAUCUACUCAGUCAUCUUGUAUUAGUUAAUGGAAAGUAUUCGUUUUAUUUUUCAACUUAGUUAUGUAUACUUCAUCUAUUAUGUAAGGUACCAUGAAAGUAGAUUUCAAACAGUAACAUGGAUAUUAUUGUAAGAGUACAUCAGUGUGCACAAUAAUUGAAUUCAUUGGUCGAUCUACUUUUGAGUAACAUAUUCAAUGUUUGGAAAUUAUAAGCACACGAUAAGGCUAUAUAUAUUCCAAAAAAUCUCUCAUAUAAACUUUAAUUGUGAGAAUCUAAAAAUAGAUUCGAUGUUUUGUAUAAAUAUUUCGUAAUAUUCUUGAAGUAAGUACAGGCUAGUCAUUCAAGAAACUGAGACAGAAGGUAGCUUUGUGUUUUUAACAUAAAUUUCGGUAGUUUGUAAAUAGUUGUUCGAUUAGUUGUCAUGUGCCAAUGCCGUGUUAAGAACCAGACUGGUCAAGUCACCAUCUUUAUUUUAAAAAUUAAGACCCUACCUGAAGUUAAUCUCACAUUUUUGUUACGAGUUCUUGAACUGUAUGACAUAUUUUACACGAUACUGCGUGGGGGUAGAUACCACUGAUUUGUGCACUUUGAAAAAAUUGAAUAUUUCUAUUACUAGCGUCAAGUAAUUUUGUCAUUGAAGUAUUAAGUUGUAAAUGUCUUAUUAUUGUUGUUUGUAUAUGUGAUUUUUAUAUAUAAAUAGAGUAUAUGUUCUUUCAUUUUUACAAUGAUAUGAUACUUAUCGUACUGUAAUUUGAAUCUACUAGAAUUUUUAUACUUAUUGUAUUUAGAACAAUGACUGGAUUUCCCAGUAUUAUUGAAUAUGCCAUAUUCCUUCACUAACUUGUUGUAAAUAAAAUCUCACUGUAAAUAUUUUAUUGUAUAAGAAAUUAUGUGUAUGAAUUCAUUAUAAAUAGAUUAUAAUAUUACUUAGUAAUGUUGAUGAUUGAUUAUGGUAAUGAUAAGGCUCAAACCACUUAGAGAAUUUCAAGAGUUAAAUUGUAUGAGCGAGUGUGAAUGACAAAUUUAUAGACAAAUUAAUUCACGUAGACUCAAUUAAAAAGAAAGCAAAUGUCAGCUUAAAUUAGACCAAAUCAUAAAUUUUGUUAGAUAUGAUUGUUUGUACAACAGAAUUUACAAAUAUUUGUAAAAUUGCAAUGCAUUAUUGAGGUUUAUAAUGGAAGUUAUACGAAUAAAUUCACAAUAGAGCCAUUCUCAAUCUUAUAUUAAUAUUAUGGAUCCAUAUUAUAAUAUAAAAUUUUCAAAAUACCAAUCUAUGUUUUUUCUGGUGUUUUAAGUUCAGGAAUGCAUUAUAAUCCCUGUAAUUUCCUAUAAAAUUACCUUGUUAUAAUUUGACUAAUCUUUUGAACAUUGUGGUAUUUUUUAUCUCCUUUCAAAGCUAGGUACUUUGAAGCCGAUCCAUGUUGCCAUUCUUUGUUGUGUUAUAUUUAUAUAUCUAUCCCUCUCUCUCUCGUAAUUAUUGAGAAGCAUCAAAGUAAAUUUGGAUAUUGUUGAAUUUACGAAAUAAAAAACAAACACACAGUAAUGUUUGUGGCUUACACUAUGAUAUGAGAUCACAUUUUUAUUAAAUAUGAAAAAUCUAGAUGACAAUACUAAAAGGCUAUUAUAAUAUGAAAAUAAAAAUUGAGUACUGUACUUUCUUUACAGCAUGACAAAUUAUAUAAUCCGCAUUUAAAUAAGUAAUCGAAAAUAAAAAUAGUUUUUAUUCAAUA